AUAAAUGCCACUCUGCCUCUCUCGAGACCAGAGUCCAGACACAGCCAUUUCUUUUUCCUUUGUCUGCUCUCUGCAGUGCUUGUAAAUUGUAACAGAGUCACAACUCCACAAAAACCAUGGCAGACGCAGCAGCAUCGCCAGCUUCGAUGUGGGGUUUCAUCACCGGCUGGUUUACACCCGCUUAUCUUUUCUUGUUGCUUAAUCUGGUAAUCGGCACCAUUGCCCUCACCUCCCGUUUCGGUUCCAACAGAAGAAAGCAAGAGCAAGAGCAAAUCCGACCUCUUGCCAGAUCCCCUUCCCUCUUAGAACGAGUCAAGUCCAUCAACUUAUCAUUCUACAGCUACCCACGGCCUCACUCAGAAGCGACUAACGACUCGGUACACGACACCGAACCAGAAUAUACACCUGGGGCCGGGGUUCAUCCGGUUCAAAUCGAACGAACCCCUUCAUUCUUAGAACGUGUGAUGUCCAUCAAGUUGUCCUCUUUCUCCAACUUCCCACCACCUCACUCAGAAGGGACAAACGACUCAGUACACGACACCGAACCAGAGUACACACCCGGGGCCGGGGUUCACCCGGUUCAACUGGAACAAACCCCUUCAUUCUUAGAACGUGUAAAGUCCAUCAAGUUGUCAUCUUUCUACAACUACGCACCGCCUCACUCAGAAGCGACAAACGACUCAGUACACGACACCGAACCAGAGUACACACCCGGGGUUCAUCCGGUUCAACUCGAACGAGCCUCUUCACUCUUAGAACGUUUAAAGUCCAUCAAGUUGUCCUCUUUCUACAGAUCCGAACCAGAAUCUGAAUUUGUGGCUGAACCUGAAUCGGAUUCGUAUGAGGAUACGGGCCAUGCAUCCGUUACGGAAUUGGAGCAUCAGGUAAAGAGAAGUAAAUCAGAGCCCAGGGUAGCGGCAGAGAGGAAAACACCAGAGAAGAUGAAGAAAUCAGCGAGCGAAAGAGAGGUGGCUGUAGAGGAAGACAGAGAGAGCGUGGAGCGGAGGAGGCCAGCAACGAUGAGGAUAGAAAAGACGGUGUCGUUUGGAGACGAAGGGGUUGACGCGAAAGCCGAUGACUUCAUCAACAGGUUUAAGCAGCAAUUGAAGUUGCAGAGACUGGACUCUCUCUUGCGUUACAGAGACGUGUUCAAAGGAAAGUAGAAAAUAAUUAAAAAAAUAAAUAUUUUGAAAAGUAAUCUCUUUUUCUUUAACUUUUUCUUGGCCAGUCUGCGUUUACUUUGGUUUUGCCUGUAAUGUAACUAAAAGGGAUUCAGCCGUGUCUGCUGCUUGGUCUGUACAAAAAUGCAAGGGUAUUUUGGUCACUUGGAUACUGAUGGAAAUGGAAGUGGAAGUGUGGAAGAUUAAUAUAAAGCCUAGAUGAUGCGCAGGCGCAGCUGGACUCCUUGUCUAAGUGCGGAUGCACAGCGGAAGCAAGGGGAAGAAGAACGGUGUAACCAAAGCGGAAUGACAGAAAUGACCCUACUAUGUAUUUGUUGUUUUGUGUUUUUUAAGAAUUUGGUUGAUUAUCCACUUAUUAAAUGUAAGUUUUAAAUUUAUGAUUCGUCGAAUUUAAAUUAGUUAUAUUAAAUAUUUUUAUUUCUUAAA